AUGAAGAUGAGCGAUGCCAAAUGGAGGAAGGAAGGGCAGAACCAGCUGCGGCAGGCGGAGGAGCGUGGUCGCGACCAGAACCGCAACGAACUCAGCCUUCCCAGCAAGGAGCUGAGCACGCUGCUGGUCCCGCUGACGGGGCAGGAGGCCAAGGGCCCAGAGGCCGAGGAGGAGGAGGAGGAGGAGGAGGAAGAAGACGAGGAGGAGGAGGAGGAGGAGGAGGAGGAGGAAGGCUCCACCCCGGUCCGGAGUGAGCCUGUGACUGAGUCGGAGCAGAGCUCAGAGUGGGCACUGCCUCGGGGGGAGCAAGGACGCAGCGCCAGCCUCCUCUUUGCCACCCGCAACAGCACCGCCAGCGACGAAGAUUCCAGCUGGGCCACCCUCAGCCAGGGCAGCCCCACCGGCAGCUCCCUGGAUGAAGCCGAGUCCUUCUGGCUGUGCAACGCCCUGGAGACGGACUCCGACCUCCCAGCCGGAUGGAUGAGGGUCCAGGACACCUCCGGCACCUACUACUGGCACAUCCCCACCGGGACCACCCAAUGGGAGCCCCCCUCGGCAGGAAACACCCCCACCCGGGAGACACAGCUCACUUGGAUGGACUUUGGACAGACAGAGGCAGCUCCCGAUUCAGACUUCUGGAAAGAGGUGCCGCCAGAGGGGGCAACCCCCGACUCCCCGUUGGAUGAGGGGCCGCCCAGCUCAGCCUUGGCGUCUUCCGGCGUACGCUCUUCCCUGGAAGCCGGAGGGGAGGAAGCAGCCGGGCUGCUGGGACUUUCCCCGGGAUCGAAGUGCUUCUCCGUCCACUCACUGGGCUGGGUGGAGAUGGCCGAGGAGGAGUUGGCCCCCGGCCGGAGCGCAAUGGCCGUCAACAACUGCAUCCGGCAGCUGGCCGGGCGGGAGCUGGCCCUGGGGGGCUCCUGGGCGGAGGGCAAGGCCAUGCUGCUGGUGCUGGAGGAGGAGCGGCUGAAGCUGCUGGAGCCGCAGGAGAGGAGGGAGCUGCACUGCCUGCCUAUUUCGGCCAUCCGGGUCUGGGGCGUCGGGCGGGACAGUGGAAGGUAG